CAGAAGCCGUCUGCGAUUACUGCCACUUUUAGCCAUUCAUACACCUGCGGCCAUGAGAAGAUAGCUCAUAGCUGCACUCCGAUCCAUCUUCGACUAUCCAAUACUAAUAAUGGCGGCUGCGGCGGCGGAAUUCCGCCGCUUCUCAUAUCUUCUGCUCAUCAUCUUCAACCUUCUUCUCCUUCCCUUCAACUCAUCAUCAGCUUAUCAUCUCUCCAAACAUUUUUACUCUAAAACAUGCCCUAACGCUCUCUCCACUAUCAAAACCGCCGUCCACAAUGCCGUCAACUCCGACCCCGGCACGGCUGCCGCCUUGCUGCAUCUCCAUUUCCGUGACUGCUUCAUUAACGGAUGUGAUGGAUCAGUCUUGUUAGUGAACACCACUAAUCCGAUGGUUGCUCCACCCCGAGGUCUUAAUGUGAUAGUCGAUAUUAAAACUCAGCUCGAAGAACUUUGCGUUGGUGUUGUAUCUUGUGCUGAUAUUCUUACCCUUGCGACUAGAGACGCAAUUGUGGUGAUUGGUGGCCCUAGUUGGAGUGUUUCAUUAGGUAGAAGGGACUCAACCACCCCAUCUAAAGAUGCUGGCAGUACCAUCAUUCCUGGACCAGCUUCCAAUCUAACUCACCUCAUUUCCUCCUUUGCUAACAAAGGUUUUACUGCCAGGCAAAUGGUUGCUCUCUCAGGAAGUCACACGAUUGGAAAGGCUCAUUGUGCUGCUUUUCGAAACCGUAUCUACAACGACAGCGAUAUAGAUGCAUCAUAUGCAGCAUGGUUACGAUCAAAAUGUCCACAAAGUGGAGGUGACCUAAACUAUGUUCCACUUGACAUCACCACUCCGAUCUUAUUUGAUAAUGCUUACUUUAAGAAUUUGCAAAGUCAAAAGGGGUUGUUGCACUCUGAUCAACAAUUGCUUAGCAGUGGAUUCACAAACUCCAUAGUCAAGGAGUAUAUUUCACAUCCUUCCAAGUUUGCAAACGACUUUGCUGAAGCUAUGGUGAAAAUGAGUGAACUCAGCCCGCUCACCGGGACUAAUGGGGAGAUCAGAAGGGAUUGUAGAAGGAUGAAUUAUUAGUGGAUGGAUGGAAACACAAGUUUUCAAUAUUAUGGGUGAUCGAUGUGAGUGUUAGUUCACUCUACUCUUCCUUAAAUACAUUUGUCGCACAAACUAAGAUAUUUUUAUUAAGUUGAGUAUAUCAUGAAAAUAUUGAAUA